AUGACAGCAUUGCCAACGACAGAUCCUACAGCAGAUGUAUUUAACGCUAUCAAUGGAUUUCACAGCAGCCGCGGCGGUGACACAACUGGAGCCGAUGCAUACAAUCCAUCACUAGAUAUCCAAGAAGAUAUGUCAGCAAGUAAUUUAACUGAACAGCAGCAGCAGCAACAGCAACAACAACAUGGUCGUACAUCAGACAAUAAUAAUAACGGCGAUGUUGGCUUUGAUGAUUUCUUUUUUCACAAUCUCCCACCCAUCAGCAGUCAGGAUGAGGCGGCGCACGCUUCUGCGUUUGAAGGAUUCUGCUUUGAUGAUAUCUGUGGUGAUGGCGGGUGGCCAACUACCGCACUUGUACCAAAUGAGACAUCCAAUGAUGGAAACGGGCCUUCUACCACUGAUGUGACGAAUGGCAUUACAGAAGAUCAUCACAAUUCAACAGAGUUAUUUGAUUUUCUUCUUACUAAUGAUACAACUGGUGGAACAGAUGCUUCUACUGCGGCUUUAACUUCUAUGGCUCAUAUUUCAUCCACACGAGUUGAAGUUGAUCAAACCAUUCCUAAUUUCAUCGGAGUGGAAUUGAAUGGAAAUCCUGCAAUAACACCUGCUCCUAUUUCUGCUUUUUCUCCUCCUUCUACUAAUGGAAUGACCACAACUACGGCUGCUACUUCCUUUGACGGACAGAAACAUUCCACAGUACUGGAGACACAUGAAAGGAACACAAAUGCUCCCUCUAUUCCAUCUACUCUUAAUAACAUGGCAGGGAAUCACUUACCACCCAAUAAUGUUGGUAACGGCCAUGGGGUCAUGUGCGAGGAGACAGUUUCUAUUCAAGAGCCUAUAAAGACGAUUCCCACUUCCCCAAAUCUCAAGUCGCGGGGUUCUCUUGGAGUCAAUGACACUUCUAUUGCAUCUACGGCUGGAUCUGCAGGAGGGGCAGCGGCGGUAUCUCGUGUCCCACGCGAAGGUGUGGAAGAACUUCUUCGACGUGCAGAACGUAUUCUUCAUGAGGAUGUCAAUAAUGAAACAAAACCAACUGCAGGUGAUACUUCCACAAGUGGUGAUCAUGAAGGCAUCAAUCCAAACAAUAAUAACAACAGUAGUAACAGUAAUAAUCCUGAUAGUUUCUUUACAGCACAAGUUUCACAUUGGCUUCGUCGAGGUGCGGAGGUGCAAGAGAAUGCUCUCUCCACAGUGGCGGAGCUUCAACUGAGUCUCACACAGACAAUGCGGUUAUUCGGCGCCCACAGUGGUGUCUCUUCUGCGCUUGGGCCAAAGUACACUGCAACACCAGUGGUACUCACACUUCCGCUGGUAGUACCAAUGCUUCAAUCCCUUCUUGAGGAAGAUUGA